GUCAUUUCUUGUCUGGCAACCCGGUGUUCAGGAACUGUGGUCCCGGUUCGGACAGCUCAGCUCUGUAACAUGAGGACGUAUCUCAUCUCUGACCUGAAGCAGCUUCGUGUUUGAAGUCCGGUCCGGACUAGACCGCCCUCCCUGAGGCUCGCCUCUUCUGAAAACCCUUAGGUCCAAACAAGUUCUACAGACCCGAACCUUUAAAGAGAACACCGACCCGUGACGUCACAGCGCUACAGGUCCCGUUUGCUCGCUCAGAGACGCACCUCAGUGAGCUCCUGGAAGGAGUGUGCAACAGCAUGAGUGACUACGCUCUUUACACAGACCCGGACACCCAGGACCAACAGUACAGGAGGUUUGCUCCAAGAAGCAGCGAGACCAUGGGGGACCUCCCAGACUUCAAACAGUUCAAGUUUGAUGGACCUGAGGCAUCCGAUUCCCUGAAGUUUGCA